AUGAUGAACUACGGUGGUCACCCAUUCCACCCUCAACAGUCACAGCAGCCUCAACAGCAACAACAACAUCAAGGUGUUCAACCCCAACAUCCGUUGGGUCCGCAACCUCAACGUCAGCAUGCCCAGUCGCCCUUGCUAGGCGCGGGGCCGCAGCUGCCACAACAUGGCAGUCCAUUCCCGGGCAAUAAGCCAAUUUUUCGGGGCCAACCUCAGCAAAACUUUGCUGCGUCGCAAUCUCCAGAUAUGCGCAAGAUGACCCCGACAUCAGGGUCAUUAGGUGGGUACCCCACUACCAGCAGUUUUGGCCAAUUUCCGGGGCAGUUUGCGGCGCAGAGCUCCCCAGAUCUGAUGUCUCGCAACCCAGACCCUAUGGCGCUGCAAAACCUCCAGCGUGGGUUUAAUCCAAUGGCCCACCUCCGGCCGCAGCCGGGAAUGAGUCCAUCAACUGGACUCACUCAUGGGCAUCCCAUGAAUGUUCCUUCGCCGCAGCAGGGAAUGAACAGACUACCUCACGCAGGCAUGCAGCAGAGGGAUAAUCAUACUUCGGCCAGUCCAUCUAUGGCUAGCCCGUCUAUGUUUGGCAUGAAUCAACAGCGUCAAGCCCAACCGCAGUCGCAACCGCAGUCGCCCCAACAGACACACCAACAGUUGCAGCAGCAGAUUCAACAGCAGCAGUUCCAGCAGCAACGACUUGAGCAACAGCAAAGGAUGGAGCAACAAAAACAAAUCCAGCAGCAGCGUUUGGAACAGCAGCAACGGUUAGAACAGCAGCAGCGGCUUGAGCAACAGAAGGAAUUAGAACAACAAAAGCUAGAUGAGCAAAAGAUACUAGAGCAGCAACAGCAGAGGCUCGAGCAACAGAAACAGCAUCAGCAGCGGGUGGAGCAGCAGCAGCGACUUGAGCACCAACAGAAGCAGCAAUUGGAGCAGCAGAGGUUGCAAAAAUUGCAGCACCAAUCUCAGGCACACAACCCAUAUCAACAACAGUCACCCUUUUCCCAACACACCCAGCCUCCGUUCCACCCAUCUCAGUAUCAACAGCAUCAAGCCCAAUCGCAACAUCAGUACGCCCCACACCAGACACAAUUCUCUCAGCCGCAGCAGACACAGUUCCAGCCGUCUCCGCACCAGGCUCAAUUCCAGCACUAUCAGCCAGGACCGCAUUCGGCUGCUGUGCCUUCAUCGCAGCCACCUGCACCGGUUGUCCCUGCAGUCUCGGAAAGCCCGGUCAUGAAGCCCGACGAGUCGAGCCCUGUACCGAAGAAGAAAGCCAAACCUAAGAAGCCUGCACCGGCUCAAUCUCAGCCUGUUCAGGCGCAGCCUCAACUCAAUGCCCCCAUGGCUGUUCCUAGUUCUCUCCCCGCACAAGCCAAUGGACAAGGGCAGAUCCCCUCCGUGUCCACAGUCGGAGGUGACCAAAUUGCCACACCGCCUCCGAAACGUCGUCGGGGACGGCCUAGGAAGGAAGAAGUCGCGGCCAGGCUUGCUGCGCAAGCCGCACAGGCUGCACAAAAUGGCGAGUCUAUUCCUCAACCAGGACAAGCUUCAUUUACUGCAAAUAUGACGCCGACCGCCCCAGGUUCCGCAGGACCAAACGCCACAACUAAGGGGACGCCUAUUCUGGGACCGGACGGGACUCCUUUGAAGCGAAAACGUGGACGUCCUCGUAAGGCCGAUCAAAUUGCGUGGGCAGCUGCAACGGGCCAACCCUUACCACCGCCUAAACCAAGGAAGCCAGCUUCAGCCAAACCAAAAGCACCUGGCACGGGUCGGCCACGUGGGAGACCUCGCAAGGCUGAUGUGGCCGCGGCCGCUGCCGCUGCAGCUGCCGCUGCAGCCGCGGCCAGUGGAGAUCAGACACAGACAGAGAUCAAUCCCCAAUUGGGUGAGGGCACAGAUACAACGACCGCACUGAACCGUGCAACCUCUUCGGUGGACGAAGAGGCGCGCAAACGGCCCUGCCCGACACCACCGCAGAUGCUUCAAGGCCAGUCUCUACCGCAACAGCAGAACCUUCACAUGUUCCAACAGAAUCAGUCUUCACAGGCGCAGGCAAGUCAGCAUCUUGGACAACCCCAAGUUCAGCACAUGCACCAGCAGCAGAAUCAACAUCUGGCCUCACAGCCUGGUUCUCACCUGCCGCAUAGCCAAUCCCUACCCCAACAGCCCGGUCAGCCACUCUCUAUGCCCCAUAUGCAAAUGCACCACCAUUCUCCUGUUCACCCCCCGCGACCCCUCCCUCAUCAGCCAUAUCUUCAAUCGCCGAUGCAGCAACAGAUGCAACACCCAAUGUCGUCCGAGUCCCCCGUCCACGGGAUGCCAGGACAACCACGCAGACCUCCAAUUCCGCAGCGGAGCCAGGCCCCUCCCCCGCCUGCACCACAACAUGAACACCAGCAUACCUUCCAGAUCCAGAUGCAGCCGCAACCAACCUGA